AUGGAAGCGCUUGAUGCGGACAGUGGAAAGAACGCAGAGUUGACGUACUUCCCUGUUCCCAAAAACGGCAGUUUCUACGUGGUACCAAAAACUGGCGAAGUUUUGCUGAUGGACUCCCUACUGGGCCUCCCAUCUGCAAUCAAGUUCUAUGUUUUUGCUAAAGACCAUGGUUGGCCCUGCAGAAUCAGUAAGGGUGUUGAGAUCACGGUUACCCCACGACAGUGGUGCCCACUGCGCCCAGGCCAGACAGGGGAGUUGGGCAGCCUGGGCAGGGCAGGGCGGAUGCAUAGGGCAUUGUUGGACUCUGGUAGCAUGGUCUUCCUCAAUGUCUCCGAAGAUGCAAACAUCGGUUCUGUCGUUAUGAGCCUGAGCCCAGCCAGGUUUCAGGCAGCCUCCUUUGAGCUGGUUUAUCCGAAGACAGAUAUUACCCCAAUCAACGUGGGAAAGGAGAGUGGAGAUAUCGUGAUAGCCAUGCGCCUGGACAGGGAGACUGAACCGUUCAUCGAAAUCACUGUCAAAAUACAAGAUGAACGAGGGCCUGACUGGUACCUGACCAAGGUGAAGCUGAGGGUGACAGAUGUCAACGACAACGUCCCCGAGUGGGCCAUGGAGCCUUACCCCUACCUGGCAGUGGUGUCCCCCGAGGCCCCCCCUGGGGAGCUGGUGUACCCGCUCCAUGCUCGCGACGGGGAUGAGGGCAGUAGCGGCGAGGUGGAGUACUUCCUGGCUGAUGGUGGUAAUGGCUGCUUUGCGGUGGACAAGAAGAGUGGUCACAUCUUGACCACAGGUCUCCCCCUGCAGAGAGACAGGGAGUAUCUGCUGAGUGUGGUGGCCUUUGACGGGCUGGGCAGUCGCAGUGCUCCUGCCAUGGUGUCAGUCAUAGCAGGACCCAGAACACCACAGUUCACCAAGGCAUCCUACGCCAUUUCCAUACCAGAGAACACCCCAGAGGGACAGCCCUUCCUGGUGAUGUUCGCCAUCUCCUUCCAGAAGCAGCCAAUCAGCUACAGCCUGCUGAUCAACCCCRGCACCCUGUUCAGAAUGCAGCAGGAGACAGGGGAGAUCAGCCUGACCCGCACGCUAGACUAUGAGAAUGACCAGAGACGUUACCUCCUUAUGGUCAGGGCCAGCGAGGGGCCAGGGGGCCUCAGCAGCGCCAUAGAGGUCCAGGUGGUGAUAACGGACGAGAACGACUGUGUCCCAGAAUUUCUCCAGUCCAUUUACAGUGUUGAUGGAGUCCCUGAGACAGUAACCACAGCAACCUCUCUCCUGCAGGGAGCCUCACUCUGGUACCCCACCAUCCGCCUCCGCAUGGCCAAUGUCAACGACCAGGCCCCUGAAUUCUCCCAGACUUGCUAUCGGACCUUUGUCUCCGAGGACGCUGGCCCCAACACACUAGUUGCCACGGUACUGGCUAAGGACCCAGACGGUGAUGGAAUAGUGUACUCAUUUACAGCUGGCAACGAGGAGGGAAACUUUGUCAUUGACAGCCAGAAAGGGUUGAUCCGGCUGCGCUCCACCGCCCCUCCCAAGCUCCAGGGCCUGGAGUAUGUCCUCAACGUGACGGCUACGGACGACAACGCCUCCGGGGGGCCACACCCACUCUCUGCAACCGCCCGGGUCAUCGUGGGUGUUGAUGACGUCAAUAACAACAAACCCAUCUUUGAGAAGUGUCAGCAGUACAGGGAGCAGGCGUCCGUGUUGGAGAACCAGCCCACAGGGACCUUCGUGCUGCAGGUGCACGCGGUGGAUGCAGACGAGGGGGCCAAUGGGAAGGUCAAGUAUGGCCUGAUGCACAGAGACAGAGCCAUGCCUGCCUUCAGAGUCCACCCUGACACAGGUGUGAUCGUGACGGCACGGCGGUUCGACCGGGAACGUCAGAGAGAGUACUCCAUCACGGUGACGGCUACAGACUGGGCUGACGAGCCUCUCAUAGGGAUCUGUCAACUCAACGUCCUCAUCCAGGACCACAAUGACAACAGCCCCAAGUUUGAGAACCUGCGCUACGAGUACUUUCUGAGAGAGGACACCAUGAUCGGCACCAGUUUCCUGCGUGUGGCGGCGCACGAUGAUGACUUUGGCACCAACGCCGUCGUCACCUACUCCAUGUCCCAGGAGCAGCCUGAGUACCUGAGGGUCAACCCUGUUACCGGCUGGGUGUACGUCAACCAGCCCAUAUCACAGAGGUCCAACAUCACACGAGAAGUAGUUGCCACGGACGGGGGGAAUCGCAGCACAUCUGUGGAGCUGUCUGUCACCAUUACCAACGUGAAGAACCAGCCCCCGCAGUGGGAAAAGGACAGCUACAGCGUGGUCAUCCCAGAGAACACAGCCAGGGACACUUCCAUCGUGACGAUCAAAGCGACCUCGUUGCUAGGCGACCCCAGGGUGACUUAUAACCUGGAGGAGGGCGUGGUCCCGGAGACUAACAUGCCUGUGCGGUUCUACCUGUCGCCCAACCGCGAGGACGGCUCUGCCUCCAUCCUGGUGUCGGAGCCGCUGGACUAUGAGACCACACCCAGUUUCUCCCUGAGGGUGCGGGCUCAGAACGUGGCGGCAGUACCAUUGGCUGCAUUCACCACCAUCCAUGUCAACGUCACAGACGUGAACGACAAUGUUCCCUUCUUCACCUCCUCCAUCUAUGAGGCAUCAGUGACUGAGGGAGCCAAGGUGGGGACCAUGGUCCUCCAGGUGUCUGCUCACGACAAGGACCUGGGUCUCAACGGACAGAUCACCUACUCCCUCCUGAGUGACAGUAGUGGGGACCACCGUCUGUUUCGUGUGGAUCCAGAGCUGGGCUCCAUCUAUACAGAGGCGGUGUUUGACCGCGAGGCACAGGGAUCCUACCUACUGGAGGUGCAGUCUGAAGACGGCAUGGAGUCAGCACGGCCCGGGAGGAACAAACAGCCCAACUUUGACACAGCAUAUGUGCGGGUUUUCAUCAGCGACGUGAACGAUAACAAACCCGUCUUUGCUCCGCGUCUCUAUGAAGUCGGCGUUGACGAGGACGCAGAUGUCGGCCUGGCUGUUGUCACCGUCGGAGCUAAUGACGAAGAUGAAGGUGCCAACGCCAAGCUGCGUUACCAGAUCACAUCGGGCAACACCGGAGGGGUGUUUGACAUGGAGCCUGAAGUGGGAACCAUCUUCAUCGCCCAGCCUCUGGACUACGAGCUGCAGAAGAGGUACAAGCUGCUGGUGCUGGCAUCGGACGGGAAGUGGGAGGACUACGCCGCUGUGGUGGUCAACGUGGUCAACAAGAACGACGAGGCUCCAGUCUUCUCUAUGAAUGAGUACUACGGCUCAGUGACCGAGGAGCUAGAUGGCUCGCCGGUCUUUGUGCUUCAGGUGACAGCCAUAGACCCAGACAAGGAUGCAGACCAAGUUGCCGUGCGCUACUCUCUUCACGGUCAGGGAUCGGAGUCUAAGUUUGUGAUCGACGAGAUCACAGGGAAAAUGUACGCCCAGAAGACACUGGACCGCGAGGAGCGGGCAGUGUGGCGCUUUGUGGUCCUGGCCACAGACGAGGAAGGGGAGGGGCUCACCGGCUUCACUGAUGUCAUCAUCAACGUUUGGGACAUCAAUGACAAUGCGCCUUCCUUCGUCUGUGUGCCCGACGGCUGUCACGGCAACGUGGCCGAGAACUCGCCCCCAGGUACCUUCGUCAUGGAGAUGACGGCGACGGACCUUGAUGACACGGCGGUGGGUCAGAACGCCAUCCUCUCCUACCGUAUCAUCGAGAACGCGCAUGACGCGGGAGCCGCCGACUUCUUCACCGUUGACGCCAGUACAGGCACCAUCUCAGUGGCAACCGGUGGGUUGGACAGGGAGGUGGCAGAGCGGCACCAACUGGUGGUUGAAGCCAAGGAUGGAGAGGGUAUGAUGGGCACGGCUACCGCCACUAUCAUCAUCACGGACCUGAAUGACCACACCCCCCGGUUCAAAGAGAAGUGGUGCGGGGCUCGUGUGUCUGAGAGCAGCCCUCCAGACUCAACCGUGCUGAAGCUGGAUGCUGUGGACCCAGACUCAGGGGCUCACGGCCUGCUGGGCUUCAGUGUGGCGGCAGGGGAUCAGGGUGAGAGGUUCUACAUGGUGAGCCACAAAGCAGAGCAGUCUGGAACUCUGAGGCUGAGAAAGAGGCUGGAUUACGAGAGGCCCGGCGAGCAACAAUUCAAYCUCACCAUUCGUGUGGAGGACUCUGACUUCUCCAGCCUCAUCCACUGCAUCAUCCAGGUGGUAGACGAGAAUGACCACGUCCCAGUGUUCGCCCCCACCUCCUACCCCCUCGCCCCUCUGCCAGAGGAUGUUGCAGUGGGAACCAGUAUCACCCAGGUGAGGGCCAGCGACUCAGACUCUGACCUGAAUGGGGAAAUAAUUUAUAGCAUCUCCCCAGAGUCAGACCCGUACAGUCAUUUCACAGUGGACAGAAACGGCAUCAUGACCGUGACCCGCCCGCUGGACAGAGAAAUCGUGGCAGAGUACCAACUGGUUGUCCUAGCGACAGACCGGGGUAGUCCAGCCUUGACGGGUAGCACCACGGUCCAGUUGAGCCUGCUGGAUGUAAAUGACAAUGGGCCAGAGCUGGAGGUGACCUAUAACCCUGUCCUCUGGGAGAACAGCCCUGCUCCACAGGUGGUGUGGCUCAACAAGACCUCUACCCUGCUCCACGUUAUCGACAGGGACUCCCUUGAGAACGGGCCUCCCUUCUCCCUCUCUCUCCCUCGCCUCUACGCCCCUGACUUCCACCUGCAAGACCAUGGUGACGGCACGGCAACGCUCACGGCGCUGCACCGCUUCGACCGCGAGCGGCAGAGGGAGUUCUUCCUGCCCUUGGUCAUGACAGACAGCGGUCGUCCGCCGAUGACGGUCACCAACACACUCACCGUCACUGUGGGCGACCAGAACGACAACGCCCACCAGGAGGGAGAGAAGGAGAUUUACGUCCACAGCCGGAGGGCUCAAGUACUGGGAGUCUAUUCAACCCAGACAGUGGGACUUCACACUCAUGAACAGAAUAGGGAGAACAGAAACAGCAGAAUCACAGAACAGCAAAUAAGAAAAGGGCUAAAGAUAAGCGACCUGGGGCCUCUAUCACGUUGGGUUUGUUUUCAGACAAAAUCAAUGUCUUUGUGUGCGUUGUGUACAGGAAAGAUGCAGACUACUUCACUGGGCAAGGUCUAUGCCCCUGAUCCUGAUGAUUGGGACAACAAGACCUACACCUUAGACGCAAGAGGAAUGAAGUAUUUCACCUUAGACAAGAGUACAGGUCACCUGGCCAUCAGACAGCAUACCCUAGCGGGCAGCUACUAUCUCAGAGUGGGCGUGUCGGAUGGGGUGUGGCCGGACGUGGUGUCGCGGGUCACAGUUCACGUGCGGGAGCUGGAGGACAAGGCAAUCCAUUUGUCAGCCUCCCUGCGUCUCACAGGCAUCACUGCCAGGGAUUUUAUUGAGUCCCAGGUGGACAAGACGAGUCGACAGGAUAUGUUCMGGGGCUUCCUGUCUGAACACCUGUCCGUCAGAUCAGGUGCCAUCAACGUAUUCAGCCUGACAGACGUAGGACUGAAGAUGCUGGACGUGCGCUUCUCUGUGCACAGCGACAGCUACCUUCGCCCAGAGAAACUACAUGGAUACCUUGCGGUGCAUAAAAAGAAGCUGCAGUCUCUGCUGCGGGUGAAUGUGUCCCAGGUACAGGUGGAUGAGUGUGUGUACACAGACUGCAGGGCGGGUGGGGGUUGCUCCACAUACCUCAGCGUCAGUGACACGCCCACCCUGGUGGAUGCUGGCAACAUGGCCCUGGUGUCUGUGACAGUGACUUCCUCAGCCGUGUGUGGCUGCACCGCAAGGGACCGUGUCCACCAGGCCUGUUCCUCCUACCCCACAAACCCCUGCUUCAAUGGAGGCACCUGCAUGGACACCCUAAGCGGGUACAGAUGCCAGUGCCCACCGCAGUACGAGGGUCCUGAGUGCCAGCAGACAAGGCGAAGUUUCCUUGGCAACGGCUAUGCCUGGUUUCCUCCCAUAAGGCCGUGCUUUGAUAGCCAUCUCUCCCUGGAGUUCAUCACAGGGGCUGAGGAUGGGCUGCUGCUCUACAGCGGGCCCCUGGCCACCCUGCUUCCCGGAGACCCAGAGGACUACAUGGCCAUAGAGCUGAUUGGUGGAACACCUAGCCUGAAAAUCAACCAUGGGUCUGGAACCCUGGUCCUGCAGUUGCCGGGAAAUGUGUUUGUGUCCGACAGACGCUGGCACCGUCUAGAUGUUAGGAGCAACAGUAAAGAAGUGCGUUUCACCCUGGAUCGCUGCUCCAGUGCCAUUGUCAUGGAGACGGAGGGCGUGGACAGCUGGGCCAUGACCGAGGACCGCUCUUCUUGUGAAGUCAGAGGAGUCACGCCCAAUAGGGACAGGUACCUGAAUGGGAGUCAGGUGUUGCAGCUGGGUGGUGUCAACGAAAACAUGUCCUAUGAGUAUCCCCAGCUACAGCACAAGCACUUCACUGGAUGUCUGCGCAACCUGGUUGUGGAUAGUAUGCUCUAUGACCUUGGUUAUCCCUCAGAGUCCUCCAGCAGUGCCCCAGGCUGCUCUCUGACUGAUGGGAACUGUAUGAACAUGGGUGUACCAGUCUGUGGCGCCAGGGGGCACUGUAACGGGCAGUGGGACUCCUUCCGCUGCCAGUGUGGGCCCGGUUACACAGGGAUCCACUGUGAAUACGAAGUCCCAGAGUUCUCCUUCGAUGGGAGGAGCCAUGUCCAGUACCAGGUGGGCUGGUCUCUCCCGGCCCGUCACACCAGCGUGCAGCUCCAGGUGCGAACCCACGUCCCCAGCGGUGUACUCCUCAGCCUCCUCUCCCAGGAGCAGAAUGAAUACUUGCGUCUGGAGGUGUUUCAGGGGCUACUGGCUGUCUUUUACAACCUGGGUGACAGACUCUACAACCUCACGCUGCCCUUCCAACGCCUUGACAACGGAGAAUGGCAYGAGGUGGAGCUGGAUCGUCAUGGCAAAGAGUUCACCCUUCGAUUGGAUGGUGGCGGCGGGAGGCAAGAGGUCACAGCCGCUCCUGGGCAGAGUCAGGAGAUAGUCAUCGAUCAAACAGUGGUGAUGCUGGGAAACUCUUUCCCUUUAGGAAACAACCACAGCUUCCUAGGGUGUCUGCGAGACCUGAGGCUGAACGGGAAGCCAAUGCCCAUGGCAAAGCAGCCCUCUGUGGGGUCCAAGGGCCUCCAGGUGGUCACAUCCCAGGGCGUCUCCCCAGGUUGCCCCUCAGACGCCUGCAGGAAACACCAGUGCUCUCCCCCCUUCAUAUGUGUGGACCUCUGGAGGAAACACGAGUGCAGGUGCCCCCCUGGUCACAUGACGAAGGAGAAUGACUCGAGCAAGGUGUGCGUCUACACGCUGUGCGUCAGCAGGCCCUGUCGCCACGGCACCUGUGUGGCCCACUCGCCUGCCAAGUACUCGUGUCACUGCUCGGAGGGCUACCGUGGGCGACACUGUGAGGUCUCUCUGACGCUCUACCACAACAACAACAACAACACUCUGAGCCUCAGCUCUGCGUUUGCCAUCAGUAUCUGUGUCCUGGCCUUCCUAGUGCUUAUGCUGGGCCUGUCCCUCUACUCCUGCUGGAGGAGACACAAGGGCCUGAAGGAGGGAGUCUACCACGUAUCUGCACACCACGGAGAAUGGGAUGACAUCCGAGAGAACGUUCUCAACUAUGACGAGGAGGGUGGAGGGGAGCAGGACCAGAAUGCCUUCAACAUGGUGGAGUUACAGAGGUCUCUGCGGCCCAGUCCAGCCCAGUCACUGUGGUACAGCUACCCACAAUGCAUCAUACCCUCAUCCUACCCUCAGACGACCAAGCCCCCAGACACGAAGAAUGGGACCAAACCAAAAGGACCAAACGGACCCAAAAACGGCAGCACAGCAAUCGCCCUGCGCCUGGCCCACCCUCCGUCCGGGUCAGCCACCCUCACCUCUCCCAUUGCAAUGCGGCGUUCCCACAAGUCCCUGUCCUUCUCCAGUCAGGACCUGGCCCGCUACCUGUGUGAGGUCAUCAGGGACACGGACCGCUCCCCGGGGGACAACCCCGGCUACAUGACCUCACUGCGUCCCCUGUCCAAUAAGGCGCAGCGUGGCAGGCUGGCCGUGCGCUCGCUCAGCUCCCUCAGCGAUGAAGGUCAGGGGUCGGAGGUUAGGGUUCAGGGGGGUCAGGAGAGCCUGAAGGGUCAGAGAUCCCAGAGCCCACGGCUGGACAGGCUCAAAGGCUUGCGAGCUGUUGCCAGUGAACUCAGAGUGGACGGUGCUGUGGACUCUGCUGCCGCCAAGAGCACAGAGGACAAAGUGAAGGAUAGAGAGUGCAGGGCGCAGCCCAACUGUGAGAAGAGCGGAUGAGACUGGAGUCAGAAUACAAAAGAUUGGAAUUCACACUUGGAUACUGAGUUCAAGGAUAUUGAGAAGAGGACGUUCAAAGGCAGCAUCUCAAAAAUUGGAAGUUGUGAGAUGUUUAUAUCGAUUAAUCCAAUGAUGGUGUUGGGGGAAAUACCGAAGGAGAAGAAAUAUUUAAGAAAUGUACAUUUCUGAUUUGUAACCCCUUUGAAAAGUAUUCUAUGGGUGGAUUGUGGGAAAAAUGUGACGCUUUAACUUGAUAUUAUAUAUUUUACAACCAAUCUGGAAAAGUAUAACCUUUUUCUUGGCAAUGCCCUGUAUAUACUCCAUAUGGAAAGCACCUUUUGACCCUUUGGUAACACCAAAAUUGCAUUCAUUUUGACCAGAAAGCCUCACAAAAACAUAUGUAAAAGAAGGCAAAAGUAUUUGUUGAUCAUUAUCGUAAUAUAAAUUCU